UAUUAUUACAAUGGAAUUAUCAAAAUACAAAGAACUAGAAGUAAGCGCAGAAAUUCUCUUUCCCAAGAUUCUUUUCCGAUAAUUGUACUCUCAUAGAGGUACAACGCUUAAAUUUGAACGGGAUUAUUUAUGACCACUGUCCACGCUUCUUUCCUAGAAAUAUACAGAUUAUCUAGAAUUAUGAGCGACAGAGUCAAAGCAAGGCUUUUUAGUGAAACUAUGAGUCAAAAUAUGAUACAUCAGGAGGAAACCACUUUUACUUACAACUUAGCCCUUAAAAAUAGCAAAUGGACAAGCCAUUAUCAUAAAAAAACCAUGUAGAUAUCUCGUGGAGGUAACAAACCUUUGUUUUACCACCUAUUCAUAUAUAAGGAAACUCACGGACUGCAGCGGCAGUACGUCUUUUAACAGUUUACUUAUUUCAUCUAUGUACGUUAGAUGUAAGUACUAAUAUUGUAUUCAAAUUGAAGAAAUAAGUUCUUUGUUUGGACAAUCACGAAUCUUACAUCAAGAAUUGUACUCGCGAGGUACAACGCUUGAAUUUGAACGAGACUGUUGUACCUCGCGAGUACAAUUAUUGGUGUAAGAUUCGUGAUUCUCCAAAAAGCAAGAAUUUAUUUCUUAUAACGAGACUGUUAAAUCGCGAGAGUAAUCGAGUCGCGCCAAUAAUUUAUUUCGAUAAAACGUUAUACCCACUAAUUAAUUUCGUAAUUAUCAGUUGCGAUUUAAAGUCACUUUAUGCGGGUUGGUAAAUGCGGUAAAAGUCCGAAUCUCGCACUUGACUCAAGACGUAUCAUCCUUCGCCAGAUUUCCAACGCUGGUGAUCAACAGACACCUGUCCCAGUACCGUCUGCAGACGCGUUUUACACACCUAACGUCUGUAGACAAGCUGGUGCGCGUUACGUUCCCUCGAUCGCAUUUCGCGACAGUCAAACGUUUGUUUCAAUUUAAAUCAGAGAGGAGAAAGGAUUCUUUGUUUGAGCACAGGGAGAAGCUAAACGCUACGGAUUGAGACUCGACUUAAGUACCGUGCUGGGUGUGUCACAAUGCGUGCUAUUCUAGCCUUGACAUGGGUCUUGCUGCAAGCGAAUACGUUUGUUUAUGCUCAUUCGUCAAUACUUUACAUGUCGAAGAGUGAAAAGUAUAUCGGCGAAACUGUAGAACUGCAAUGCAUCGUUCAGAGCCCGCGACAUCGUCUUAUCAUGUGGACAAAAGAUGAUCUAAGGGCACUUACUACCAACACUGCCUUGACAAUCAGUGACCCCAGAUUCUCUCUUUUGUAUGAUACAGCGUCUGACACUUAUACCUUGCAAAUUCGAGACUUACAAGAAGCGGAUUCUGGACUAUAUCGCUGUAGAGAAUACGUGGCUUCACAUAGUCACGCAAUCGUAGAUGUGAGGUUGAAAGUCCGUAAGCAACCGAUAAUUAGCGACAACUCGACUCAACCUCAGGUAACGAUACUACGAAUACCGAGGGACAACCUGUCCUGUUGAAAUGCUAUGCCAGUGGCUUUCCGUCACGAAUAAUAUGGCCUAGAGACAACAAUACUAUUUUAUAUAGAAGGGUAAAGCUCGUGUUCUAUUUAAAAUAACAAUAAUGUAAAUAAGGAGGCCAAAAUUAACGAGCUCUUUCAGUUGACAGAAUUGAUAAAGAUGUUUUACUGAUGAAUAUACAUAUAAUUACAUUUAACUCCUCUAGAAUUGCGGACGCAUUUCGGCACACGGUGUUUUCAUCACCGCAUAUAUGUAAAUAAAAAUACAAUUAAAUUAAUAAAUACUAUUUUACCCACCUUGCUCGCUUCUGGCGUUCUCACGCGGCAUAAAAACGAAUUAUCAAAAGAAUUAAUCGAGUUCCAGAAAUUAUAGAAGAUUUUCUACGUGUCAUCCUUCCAUCGUUACACACGCUUCACAACUUCGUACCGUGGAAUUGUAGCCUCCUUCAAAAAUUUCCGGUUUAAUUCCAACUAUUUGACAGACUUUUUGUAUUCUCUGAUGCAUUCAUCAAUGUCACUUAUCGAUGAAGAGCACACCGCCUUUUUAUUAGUUAUGGAAAUAAGUUUUCAACCCGAUUCUUAAGAGCUUUUCCUUCAUUUCGUGACUACUAUCGUCCCUCAAACCUGAACACUUUUUUUUA